AUGUCACAGCACGAGCAGUACUGGCUACCAGGCUACGAGCUAUCUCGACAAGUCAUUCUCAGCAAUAUCCACAUCUUUCUCGGCCCAACGGCGUCGGCGAGGCCAUAUACCUACCAUGGCCGAGAUGGAUACCUAGUCACUGGAAGCAGACUCACCCAACAACAAAUCGACGACCUGAAGAGUAUGUCUAAGAAGUUUGAACUGGACCAGACGAUAAAGACAAUGCAGUUGUCAAGUAGCCUCGAAGAAACAGGUGACCCAGCCACUCAGACCUCCAUCCACAAGCCUGUGCCGGUGUCCAUUUCCAGAGGCCGUGAGCGAAAUAGAGACCGAGAACGGGGAAGAGAACAUCGUUCUUAUGAUCGUGGGUCACGAUCGAGACGAUACCGGUGUUGA